CACACCAGGGUCACACAUGUACUCUCUCCCUGAGUCUUUGACUGCCGGUCUGUUCAAGCUCCUCGUGGGUAUAUACAGCAGCAAACUGCCCCGAUUCAAGCCUUUCGACUUUUCGCUCAUCCUGCCGGUGGACAGCAUUCAGUCAAUUGCACGCAAACUAAGUCCCCGAAUUCAAAACCAUGGAUGGGGUUUCGAUGGGGAUCGGCCCGGCCCCUAUGCCGAAACACUUUGUUCUGUGCUUUGAUGGAACCGGCAACAAGUUCUGUGGGGAUGAAUCAGAUAGUAAUGUACUCAAGAUCUUUCGUAUGCUCGAUCGCAGCAAAAGCCAUCAGUUCCAUUAUUACCAGCCUGGAAUUGGGACCUACGUUACUACUCACUCUCUCAGUAGCCAUAGUCGUUACCAGAGAAUCCGGUCGGCAUACUUGAAGGCCAAAGAUUCUGCCAUCGGCUCCUCUUUCGAUCAACACGUGAUGGGAGGGUAUAAAUUCUUGAUGCGAUAUUACUCUCCUGGCGAUGAUAUCUACUUCAUCGGAUUCAGUAGAGGUGCAUACAUUGCGCGCUUCCUGGCGGAAAUGCUUGACUAUAUAGGAUUGCUCGAAGCGGGUAACGAGGAAUUGAUCCGCUUUGCGUGGAAGACUUUCGCCAAAUGGCAGCAGCGACGAGAUGAUACGGACGAAGAACGUGAAGAGAAAAAAAAGCUCUUCAAGUAUAUGAAAGCGUUCCGCGAGACCUUCAGCCGGCCGAUCAGUAGGAUCAGGUUCAUGGGUCUAUUCGACACCGUCAACAGUGUUCCGCGUUUCGAGUCAGCAUGGAUGCAAAGAAGCAAGUUUCCCUACACCGCCCGUAGCUCAGCCAGGGUCAUUCGACAUGCGGUCGGCAUCGACGAACGUCGAGCCAAAUUCCGGCAAGAUCUGAUUUCAGAGGUCAAGCCCUGGGCUGAGAAAAAAAAACGAGAAGCCCAUCUUUGGGGACGCCAGAAACUUCAUCAUCUUCGUCAUCCCAACGAAACACAUGACCACAAUAACGUCCCUGCAAUUACCGUGAACGACGACAACGGCGAGAAGCAAAGCGACCAGGGAGUGCAGCCACGCUCGAGACCAAGCCACGAAGAGACUGAGUCUGUAUACCGCAGCACGAACUGCUCUCGUGAGGACCUACAUCACGAAUCGCACCGGUACCGUGCUCAUGCCUCGCCCAGUCCUAAUCGAAAGCUCAGCCUUGCGGUGCCUGACAUGGCGGGAUCUGCGGAGGAUCUCCAUUCCAUCCGUAGCGGCAACUCCGGCCUGUCGCUACAAGUACCCGAAGUAGUUGCACAGGCUGCUAUGAAUGACGAUAACGAUGGUCAAGAUAUCCAGGAAGUUUGGUUCCCGGGAGGCCAUGCGGAUAUUGGAGGAGGCUGGAAGCUUGGUGAGGAUGAAGAAUGGCCACUGAGCCAUGCCCCAUUGGUGUGGAUGGUCCAGGAAGCACAACGUGCAGGGCUGCAGUUCGACCCCCGGAAGCUGAAGCAAUUCGAAUGCUGCGAGGAAUUCGACGGCGAAUACACUCCAAUUCACGAAAAAACAAUCAAUUGGAACGAGAAUAAUGACUUCUGUCGAGAUCAGGUGCAUAAUAGCACAGAUAAUGAUCAGCCUUCCCAAUUCCGGCCGGCUGCGAUUGAAGGGAACUCGGAAUCGAGUCGCAACUUCCGCAGAGCUCUCCUUUGCUCCAGCACCGAAGGCUUGCUACACGAUUGUUUGGAGUUUAACAUGGGUUUACCGGCCAUGUCAGUCCUCACAUGGAAGUUGAUGGAGUACCUGCCUUUCCGCCGGAUGGAUCUUCAGAAGGAUGGCUCGUGGAAGCCAAUUCGAUGGCCCUUGCCCUGCGGAGAGGUUCGUGAUAUCCCGAAUGAAGCUCAAAUUCAUGUCUCAGCAAUUCACCGAAUGGAAAGCGAUCCCAACUAUCGCCCGGGCAACUUGAUCAUUGGAGGUGGCGGCCGUGGCGUGAAAAGAGCACCUCGGGAAUAUGGAAUUGGCGAGUGGGAUCUCAAGGCGCACGCAGGUGACCCAGUGCGUGAGAUUUAUGUCCGCAAGACUGUUUCGAAGUUGUGCGAGGAGAAUCAUCACCGAAGAUAGUGGCAUAUACCUGAUCCCGCGGAGCAGUGACCGGGCGGGCGGUCGUUUUGAGCGUUCAUACCCCUUGAUAGCCCCCUGACUUUUGAUUGAUCAAAUGAUUUAUUCUGAGUUCACGCUUAUAGUCUUUCGAUCAUAAUUUUUAAUUAUUUGCCGUCCAGAGUUGACUACAUU